UUGUAGAUAUUAUUGGAUUUGUCACAGGUGUGUCUGAAGAGCAACAAUUUCCAAAGUCUGGAAGGGUUACUAGAAAACUUGAAAUGGAAAUUACUGAUGACAAGUAUGUUCCUUUACAAAUUGAGAAAUUUCAUGUACUUUUAUUUUCACUUUUGAUACUGUUAAUUUAUCAAUUUCUGAACAGGGGAAAGAUCAAGAUGGCUGUUUUUGGAAAGUAUGUUGAUAUUGUUAAAGGGUUUCUUGCUGUUGAUGGUGUUGGACUUCCAGUUAUUAUUGUGCAAUUUGCCAAAAUCAAGACAUACAGAGGUAUAUUUUGUCAUCUAAUUCAAUAUUAUAGCUUGCCUAUGUCAUUUUAUAUGUAACAAUAAUAAAGUUUUAUUGCACCAAUUUGUAGGAGAAGUUGUUAUCCAAAAUGUUAUGCAAGCUACCAAGUUAUUUUGGAAUGCUGAUAUUCCAGAAGUUGCUGCUUUUCGUGAUGGGUAAUAUCAUUUACUGUUCAUCAUAUAAUAAUAAUCCUGCUGCAUCGUAUUCUCAUUCAGUUAUUAUCUAAUUAUAUUUUUUCAUUUUUUAUAUGUUCUCAAGUCUGGCUUUAAAUGGACUUGAUCCUGAUCUGCCUAUUCCUCGAAUUGGUGGUGGAUUCCGCAAUGUGCCUCCUACUGAAGAGUUUAUUAACAUGUUUCCUAGGAAGACUAUUGUUGAGUUGCAUGACACAGCUGAGGAGGGUUUGUUCGUAGUCCUAGCACAUAUCAGUGCAUUGCAUGAUGGGGAGAAGUGGUGGUAUGCAUCUUGCAACUGUCGCAGAGCUGUGACUAUUGAGGAUGGUCUCUAUUAUUGUUCUUCUUGCUGCACUCAUGUUACUGAGGUUACUCCCAGAUUUCGCCUCAAGGUUGAUGUUUCAGAUGGAGAUGAGGUUGCUACGUUUGUGAUUUUUGACACAGAUUGUCAAAACAUCCUUAAGAAGACUUGCAGAGAAUUAGUUAUAUGCUCAAAGGGGAAAUCUGUUGACGAAUGCCCUGAUGAUAUAAAGUCACUUAUAGGAAAGCAAGUGCUGUUCAAAGUUGAGAAGUUAAGUGAUCAUGCAUUGAAGUAUGAUGAUUCAUACAAAGUCAAGAAAAUUUGUGAUGAUCUGGAUAUUAUUGACCUUUUCACUGAUAAGAACAACAACCAAACCCCUACUAAGCUCAUGACUGAGGAAUUUUGCUCAAAGGCAGAAUCUGAUGACAAAGAAACUCUGUUCACUGAUAAAUCUGUUGGUUGUUCUAGCGGAUUGUCUUCAGUUCCUUACCCAAAUGUUUCUCUUCAUGACAUGUCUCCAGUUGGAGGUUCAGCAGUGAGUUCACUAUCAGCCAACCCAGACACUGACGAUGGAUGUUCACCCAGACGUGCAAAGAGGAAGAGGGUAAUGAAUGGAAAGUAUGCAAAGUGAUGCUCUAUAUCUAUCUAUACUACUUGACAUCUUCAGAGGAUUGUUGUUGUUUGAAAAGAUGAAUAUCCUUUAAUAUUUUGUAUCUGUAGGUAUUAAGAAGUUCUACCUCCAUCUUCCCUAUAUAUGUCUCACACUUAGUGGAGAUUGUUGUGUUUAGUUAUUAAAUAUUGGAAUAUUAGAAGACGUUUGUAAUUUGUACUCUCAAGAUAUGUUUUUAUUUCGAGCUACCUUUAUUUAAGUGACUUAUCAGUGAUGUACUUCCACAGCCAUGUUCUAUACUUCUAUUUAUGUUUUAAUGUUUAUUUCAUUUUUCUUUGACCAUGUAUUUGUGUAUCUGUGUAUGUGUGUGUAUUUAUAAAUUUCAUAGAGCUUUUACAUCACACCUUUCUACAUCCUAUAUUUAGUACUCCACGAUUAAAGAUACUAUUUAUGUGUUUCCAUUUCUUUUUAUAUUUCUUUACUUUGAGUUAGG